AUGAAGGUGCUGGUCGGCGUCACACUCUUCAUCGCCCUUUUUACGGGUCUGCUCACGUGGUUGCACGCACAGAUGCACGGGCUCUUCAGUCCGCUUCAGUUUGCGCUCGCCGCGUUUUGCGCAUGGAUCUGCGUGUGCGAGAUUGCUCUCUUCCGCCACAGCGCCGCCAUCCAGCGCAGGUACGAGGAGCACAGCGCAAAGCUCGGCGAGGGCAAGCUGCCGCCUGUCUUUCUGUUUGAAGACGUCGGGCUGCUCAAGAUGCUCUCCGUCUUCGUACCGUCCGAGUACGUCGGCACCGCGAUGUGGGCAACGUAUGCCGCGCUCGACCCAAGCUACGCGGACCAGGCCUCGUUUGGCUUCUGCGUCGACGUGGGAAACGGCUUCACCACGCUGGUGCCGUCGGUCCUCUUCGCAGUCAGCAUCACUUCGCCGCUCCUCGACGCGCGCCACCUCGGCAUGCUCGGCCUGGUCAUGUUUUGGCAGGAGUUUUACGGCACCUGCGUCUACUUCUUCCAGUACUUCUUCAACGGCCGCUUCCGCCGCUCGCCUCGCGCGCAUACCCUGGGCAUUGUUGUGCCGGCCAAUGGUAUCUGGAUGGCACUGCCCGCGCUCGGCAUGUGGGCGUCCGCGAGGCUUGUCCUCGACGGCAGCUACGCGGCCUUUGGCCACGCCACAUAG